GAGACAGUGAGUGAGUCAGCCACUGAGAUGAAACAGCUCGUCAUAUCCAUCCCAGUCUGCCAUUUGAAAGAAAUCAAAUGGCAGGCCAGCAUCGCAUACAGGCUGUGUGUAACAUCACGUACAGAUCUUCAAUUGCUUCGCUCAAAUCGGACGUAAGAGGUCCGAAGGCGACAAAUCAUGCCCAUUAAUGCACGGACUACUAGACGGAGUCGUCGUCAUUUGACGCACGUGACUCUCUCUGCUACAAAUGUUACAUACACACACGCCACACGCCCAAACGGCCAGCUGCUCAAUCGCGUCUCUAUUCUUUCAAGAGGCUAUGUACGUCUCCUUGAAUUCAAAUGGUAGGCCAGCAUCGCUGCAGACGGUUGAACAUCAGUGUGUCUCUCCGUCUGUCCCCGCGAAGCGUGUGGCAGCCAGCCCAGUGGUCUCGUCUUCUCCAGGAAGCUGCACAGGAGAGAAGGCGGAGAACAGUAGCGCGCAGGUCACAGUGGCACAGAAAGCCCCAGGACCACAAAGGAUCCGUCGAGCUUGACCAGGUCCUCAGCAGCAACAAAUGCGUUAAAACCGGGGCCGCUGCUUCUCUGCAUGAGCGGGCAUGUUUGUACCAUCUGCUGCAUGCUUGUCAAUCACUUCACUCGCUCCCCCAACCUACCAGGAGUGUUGCGACGCCCUCUACCUGGCCCUCUCGCAGUGCGGGGACCAGUUCGUCCACGGGAAACUCAACCAACUCCAAUCCCGGUGCCACUUCCGUCAGUGCAUCGAUAAAGAAGCAACCAUCGCACACCCCAAUGCGCUUCCUGGAAGACAACAAAGACGUGCAUACUUAGUCCCACCGUUCUCUCACCCCCGCCCCCCUCUCACUCACUCUUCCAGAGCAUUGGGGUCCGCCGUCAGGUCGAUUGCUGUCAAAUCUGAGUCUUCCAGCACCCAAACGCCAAUCUCGUUCACAAAGCUGCACGCACAAAUGCACGGGGACAAGGGGACUGGCCUACUCAUUUGAGCGAGAAGUACUUGAGGAUGGAACAACUUCUGAAGUCCACAGACUCUGCGCGUUCCGCAGUACCCUGAUGGCAAACACGCGGGACCGAAAUAUGCGCCCUCGACCCCUUCUGUCUCACUGUGAAGAAGGUCAAUAUGUCGGCGGUUCCUUCGUUCAAGGCCUCCCGAAACUGGAAAGCACACAGCAGCAAUGAGAUGUGAGGCCACCACACAGCCCCGCGUGUGUGUUUGUGCACACCUGCUCAAAAAAAAUUUCCGAAUUGUCUGAGUCCCGGGAUCACAGUGCAACACUAUGACUUCUCUUCUGGUGGCUUACCAAUGAUGGUGAAGUUGGCCUUAAUCUCUCGCUCGUACUCCUGACGAGGGCAACAUGAGGAUGGCAAUAUGGCAACAUGGCAGCCGUACCUUCGAUAGCUCUGCCAGGAUCAGUUCAACAACCUCCACAUCGAAGCCGUCAAGGGUCCUGUCAUUUUUGACCGAAGGGUUGAGUAUGGAGAUACCGACCUCGACGACUCCUUCGUCCAGCACCUAACAAGAGCGUAGUCAACGCAAAGAACAGCGCUGCCUCUUGGAGUGUCGUUCACUGCUGCCCUGUAGAUGCGUUCAUGCCUACCAGACCUUUCUAAACGUCAAGCGGGAAGUUUUCAUUGACCAAGUCCAGGUACCCGUCCGUCUCACGAACCUCAAGCAAAACAGACACAUCCGGACUUAUCCGUGCAUGCAUCUGGCACGUCUUACAUUCUUUAUUGCUCUGCUAAACGCCUCGUUCAGCUGCACGUCUCCCUUGUCGCCGGUCACGUAAGGGUUGGGCUCCUCAGGACGUUUGUCACCGACCACAGGGGCCAGCAAGUCGAGGAGAAACUCAGCCAGGUCAGUGAUCUUCUCCUCAUUUGGGGUGGCCGCCACGAGCGAAAUCGAGAGGACAGAGAGGCUGAGCAAGGGACCGACCGGCAUCAGGAGCCUUGACAUGGACACCGGCUGCAUGCCUGGUGCGUGUCCAGGGGAGGAUGUUCCAAAAAACAAAAGUGCAAGGGAGUGUUUACCCCAGCGCUUUACAGUGUAGCGGCAUGCAGCCG